UUACAUCCCCGUAGCAAAGGGGAAAGUGACCAAUGUUGCAAUACUCUUUAUACUUACACCUCAAAUAAUAUAUUUUUUAGUUCACGUGUGUGCAGACCUCAGUGACAGAAACUUCUGGAGAGCACCGGUGAGCUGUAGAUGCCGCAGGCGGUCAGCGGGCGUCAUCGUUUUUCUGUUGUUGUGACGGCGCAAACCGGUGAAGCGACCAAUGAGUCAGCAGCUGAUCGGGGUUAGUUUUACCUAACCAGCCUAUAUAUAUAUAUAUAUAACGAGAACAGCCCUGGAGGAAACAUCUGCGCAAGUGAUCUGCUUGAUUUUUCACUAAAUUGUUCGGUUUUCAGAGGUAACGUAACAAUGGCAGUUCCAGUAGCUGCAUUACAACUGAGCACAUCAUCCAGCCCGGGUCUGCUGGAGCACAACAUUCACAUCAGCGACAGAGAUUUGGGAAGGAUUUCAAGUAACAAUGAAAACGACAUUCUGCCUUUACAUUCUCCGUGGACUUUCUGGCUUGAUAGAUCUCUACCAGGAACAACAGCUGCCGAAUGUGAGUCAAACUUGAAGAAAAUAUACACUGUGGAGACUGUCCAGAACUUUUGGAGAGUUUACAACAACAUACCUGGCGUCUCCAGCUUACCACUGAGGUGUAGCUAUCAUCUGAUGAGAGGAGAAAGGAAACCGCUCUGGGAAGAAGAAAGCAAUGCUAAAGGUGGCGUUUGGAAAAUGAAAGUACCUAAAGAGUGCACAUCUGCUGUAUGGAAGGAGUUGCUAUUGGCUACUAUUGGAGAACAGUUCAGUGAUUAUUGUGCCUCAGAGGAUGAAGUAGUCGGUGUUAGCGUCAGUGUAAGAGACAGAGAAGACAUUGUUCAGGUCUGGAAUGGAAAUGCUUCUUGUGCUAACGAGUCAAACAUCUUAGGAAGGAUCUAUGAGCUUCUUCCACAAAUACCUUUUAAAGCAGUGUUUUACAAACCACACGAGGAGCACCACGCUUUUGAAGGAGGUCGUUCAAGACAUUAGCACAUUUUGCACAUCAGAACCCUUGAGAUAUACAAUAUUUUUCUUUGCUUAUGAAAAUGUUUCGGACUAUAAUGUAUGGGCAAAUUUUGAAUCAGUUGAGUUCAUAGUUGCUUAAUGUAUCAUCUCAAUUACCUCAAAAUGUAGCCCGUGUAUUAUGAAACAGUCAAUGCAAUUUCCCAUCUUUUUAGCACUACUGUCAUUCAUAACAAUAUCCAAAAUACUUUUAUUUUAGCCAAAAGCAAAAACCAUUUUAGUUUAUUUUAUCUAAGGCAGUGUUUGUAUGUUUUUAUACAGCAGAGUUUUGCAAAAAUCUAGAACAGCAGAUCAUGUACAGUCAGAUUUUUUUAGAUGUAUUAUAGCAUAUUUUGUGCAGUUUCCUCAGCACAGAAAAAGCCAGGUCUCUGAAUUAAGUCUCAUUUUUGAAUCUAAGAGGAGGCCUAGUUCCACACAGCAAACCUUUAUCCUAACAUUACAAGGCUUUUCUAGUCAGCUCUUUUCUCUGUUUUGUAUGUUACAGUCAAAAUAUUGUUGCCUAUGCUAGAGAAAAUAAAUAUUUAGUAUGCUGUAAUGCUAAUAUAUGAACUGAAAAUUGCACAUUCUUUUUUAUUUUCUUCUUUAGAAUAUGAGUGAAUGAUGAAAGGAAUAUGUUUUUGUUAUAUUAAAAUGACCUCAGAGCACACAACAUCAUGAGUAGAUGCUGAGAAAUAUAUGCAAUAAUUUCUAUUUGUAGAAUUUGUGGCAAAUUGUUGUGGUCAUCCUAAAUCAAGCACUUUCUUCUUACUGUAAAUGUAAAACAUCAGAAUGUCCCUCCAGGAUUAUGUGGAGUUGUGAUAACUUAGACCAACUACAUUUUGGCUUUGUGUCACCUUUUCUGAUGAAGUGUAAAGCUGUUUUUGUUUUUGUUCAUUGUGUUAUGAGUUUCUUUUGUCUGAUUUUAAUACUUACUGAAAAAUAUUGAUGGCAAAGUUGAAAUGAUGUUUUUAUGUCGUCAUAUGACCUGUGUUAAAAUAAAUUUGUGAAACCUACCCUUUGUAAAGCAGAUAACACUGGCCCCAGGAAAGAUGAACAAUAAACAUGCACAUGACACAGAAAUCUGUUACAGGGGUGCAAAAAAUAAAGAUGUUGCUCUGUUGGGGCUAUUUUGAUGAAUUUGUACAAAUCAUAGGUGUUUGUUUAAGUGAUGCAAUCAGUGCAGCAGGGUCACAUGUAUGAAACAAGCUAAUCAGAGAUAGUUUGCUACUGCUGCACCAAAACAAUUUCAGUAUCUCCCAAGUACAUAGCUUUAAAGGUUUUUUUCUGUGGUGUUAAAUACAAUAGGUUGUAUUUGUGUUAUUGAAAAUCAGUAAGUUGAACCAUUAUACAACUCACCAAAGGAGCCUUUCCCGUAUGUUUGGGUGUGAGAGAGGGAAUGAGCUUGCCUAUUCUAGACUGCAUAGAACAGAGCAGAUUUUUUAGUUCUAGUACAAUACUAAAACAUUUGAGGUAAUCGCUACAGCAAUAUGGAGUACGUACUGAAAUCC